UUCAAAUUCUUUACGUGCUUCUUUACAGUUUACCCUGUUGUCUCCUAUGGUUCUAUGAUAUAUUUAUUUUGCUGAACCAAUCAAUAAUCACAUUAAUUAAUGUUAAUGGAAAAUAAAGAUGGUGAAUCAUGGAGUUCUGCUCCUAUCUACCAGACCCAAUGGCUCCAAACAACCAUAUCAGAUUUAGAUGAGAAAUUGGGGGCCAUGAUGACCAUUUUAGAAGCUGGCAAUUCUUCAAACCAAGGAUACAUUAAUUGCAAAUGGAGAGAAGACCUCAAACAAAUGCUUGAAGAAUUAGGCCAAUCAUACUGUGUUUUAGCAUUAUCUUAUAACCAACUGAAAUCUAAAACAUGUCAUGGUACUUUUCCUUCAGGAUCUUUAUCAUCUUCUACUACAUCAAAAGCCAAAUGUUCUAGCUGCAAUAGAAGAGCAACAAGUAACUUAGAGGAUAAGAAACCCAAAAUGGGUUCUAAUAGCCAUCUAAAAUCUCUAGCAGGAUAUUCUGAUCUCAAAUUUGAUGGCAUUAACCUGGAUUUUGAGCUAUUAAAGAAGCAAAAAGAUGAACUGUUAUCUUCUGGUCCAUGCAUCAUGAAAUUUAAAUCAGGCCUUGAGUUCAGUGACACUCUUAUAGAAGACAGAAUGACAGAUUUUUCACCCAAAGAAAACAUUUUAAUGAAGAUGGAGGAUUUGGAAUUAAAUCACAUAAUUGAAGAUCCAUCAGUGAUCAAUUCCAAAUUUGACAGGCUGAAGCAUCAGAUGACAAAACUUACAGAGGAUAAUAUGCACCAGCUGGUAGAGUUGGUCCAAAGAAACGAUGAAAAGAGAGAAACCAUUAGAAGGCUUCAGUUAGAGGUGGAAACUUUGAAGCACGAGAACAAGGUCCUCCAGAUUUCUUUAAGGCACUCCAAUGCUGAUUCAGAAUGCAGCCAAUCACAGAUAUCAAGACCAGGAAGAAUAUCUGUAAGAAAGCUCUUCAGAGGUUGCUCUCCAUGAUAUUUUGCACAUUUUAAGUCCCUAAAGUCUUGUACUCUAAUUGACCAACAAGCUCUUAUGGAUAAUUCUGGAAGAACUUUGAUAUUAUAUGCUCGUUUGUCUAGCAAGCAAUUGACUUGUGGUAAUCACGGCAAUGUAGGCUUAAUUAGUAAUCAAAAGAGUAUUAUUUUACAUGUUCUUUAUGAUUUAAGAUGCUUCUCGAGUUUCAAGUCAAAACAGUCACUUGUUUGAUAUUUGCACUUGGUUUUAUUGUGCUCUGGAGGUGGAAAAAUAACAUUAUAUAUUUGAUCUGGGAAUAAUCCAUGUAAAGGCCCAUCUGAAAAUC